AUGGCGAGAUUUUGGUGGGGUGAUGAGGAUAGUGGGAAGAAGAUUCAUUGGCUCUCUUGGGAGAAAUUAUGUACCUCAAAAGGUGACGGUGGUUUGGGAUUUCGCAAUAUGCAUUUGUUUAAUCUCUCACUUCUUGCUAAGCAGGGAUGGAAGUUAGUGCAUCAGCCUGAUUCUUUUUUAGCGAGGUUGCUGAAGGCUCGUUACUUUCCAAAAAACUCUUUUAUGGCUGCAAAGUUGAAGGCUGGAGAAUCCUACGCAUGGCGUAGUAUCAUGGCAGGAAGGAAGGUGUUGAAAUUGGGGCUUCGGAUGCAGGUGGGUAUAGGGGAGCAGAUUAAUGUCUGGUCAGACCCUUGGAUGCCUAUGCCUUCAUCUUUUUCUCCAUAUUCUUCAAUUAUGGAAGGAACAUAA